UCAAAAGCACCUCCACCUUGGGACCCUGCCUUCCACACCACUCCCAGUCGCACUCCAUUUUUCUAAUCCAAAUUCUCAAUCACAACAACAUAAAAAAAAUGAAAAAAUCCACAAUCAAAAACACAAUUAUCAUAAAAAAACAACAGUGAUUAGCAACAAUCUCCAUAGAUUUUCCAACUGUAAAGCAAACCCGCAUACAUUGGAUGCUGCUCAAACACAAAGAACAAAGAAAAAAAGCAAAAGAAAUUGCAGCAAUGCAUAUCAUGAGCAUCCCCAUGUCUCUCAAUCUUCUUGUUCAUCACUUUUGAAGCCAAACCCACAAACCCUAAAGACCCAGAAGAAGCAAACAACCACCACCAUGCCUUCAAGACACUUACCUGCGACGACUCUGAGGCCACCCAGUUUCUUGACAAAAACCAGGAUCUUAUUUUUGGCCCUCACAAUCUCAGCCACUUUGGUGAUAAUCUCAUCCAUCAUCUAUUUUCUCUACCAUUUUUGGCACUCGCUUGUCAACAGAAACAAGACAAUCCCAUUUGACUCCAGUGAUCCUCUCAAGCUUGAGAGAUUCCAAUACAAAGAGCUCAAGAAUGCAACGAGUGACUUCGAUGCUGCUAACGUUAUCGGGAAAGGAGGCUCCGGCACCGUCUUCAGAGGCAUUCUCAAGUGUGGUAAGUUGAUUGCUGUCAAGAGAUUGGAUGCUUUGAAUCUGCAGUCCGAGAGGGAGUUUCAGAACGAGUUGCAGAUUCUUGGUGGGUUGAGAUCGCCAUUUUUGGUGACCCUUUUGGGUUAUUGUGUGGAAAAGAAUAACAGGAUUCUGGUUUAUGAGUAUAUGCCCAAUAGGAGUCUCCAGGAAUCACUUUUUGGAGAAGGGCUUUUGAGUUUGGGUUGGGAGAGGAGGUUCGAGAUUGUUUUAGAUGUUGCCAGGGCGCUUGAGUUCUUGCAUUUGGGAUGUGAUCCUCCUGUUAUUCAUGGUGAUAUUAAGCCGAGUAACAUUUUGCUUGAUUUCGAUUAUCGGGCAAAGAUUUCGGAUUUUGGGUUGUCAAGGAUUAAGGUGGAGGGUGAGUUUGGGGUUGAUAUGUUCAGCCAGGACUUGGGUAAGAGUCAGGAGCUGUGGAAGAGUCAGGAUCUGUCUGGGAACUUGGCGGCGGAAACUCCAGCAAUCGGUACCCCCGUGGAGAGUGCUAGCGAGGUAGAUUUUGCUCUUGCUUUGCAAGCUUCUUCUUCGUCGAAAAAUAGUAAAAAAAGUCGUAAUGUUAAGGCCUUGAACUUGAAUUCUGUGAAUUAUAAUGCCAACAUUGCUUGUGAGAGUGAUGUUAAGAGUAGUCAUGCUAAGGGGAAAGAGGUUUCGAGUGUAGAUUUUGGUGGGGAUGAUUGGAAUAAUAGGUUUGUGCCUUACGAUGACGAGCUUAGUAGCAUUGAUCACAGUAAGGAGUUGAAUAUUAUUGCCUGCAAUGGUGUCGAUGAUGCAGAGGAUACGAAACAGUGGGGGAAGGAUUGGUGGUGGAAGCAGGAUGGAAGUGGUGAAUUGUGCAGUAAAGAUUAUGUUACAGAGUGGAUAGGGAGUCAGAUUUGCCCGUCUUCGAAUCCUGACUGGGAUGAUGAAAAGAAGAGCAUUCCCGAGAAGAGUGACUUGGAUGUGUCGACUCCGGUGGAUAAAUCAGAAAAUGCAGAUGAGCCCCGUUUGCAAGAAUUUAUGCUCGAAAACCUCAAUAAGGGGUUUGAGAAAAGAGAAUCCAAGGGCAGGAAAAAUCGUAAAAGGAAACCGAGGAAGAUGCAAGAGUGGUGGAAAGAAGAGCACCUUGCUGAGAUUAGCAAGAAGGGUAGUAAGCUAAAAAAUCUUGAAACAAAGUGGAAGAAGGGCUUCAAAAUGCCGCGUUUUGAUCUUGGAAAAUGGCUUUACCUUCACAGACGAAAGAAUUUCAGGGAGCAGAGUCAAGAUGGAUGUGAUCAAAAUGGGGAGUUCAGUUUUAGGAGGGGAUGGAAGAAAAAGAAUGCACAUUCCGUUGGCAGUGACGUCCACAGUGGCGAUAUAUUUAGUCGUGAACUCAGCAGCACAACAAGCAUGAGAGGAACUUUGUGCUAUGUUGCACCAGAGUAUGGUGGCUGUGGAUACUUGAUGGAGAAGGCUGACAUUUACAGUCUUGGAGUUCUAAUCCUCGUGGUUGUGUCCGGUAGAAGACCCUUACAUGUUCUUGCAUCGCCCAUGAAGCUCGAAAAGGCGAAUUUAAUAAGCUGGUGUCGACAGUUGGCGCAAGCAGGAAACAUACUUGAGCUUGUAGAUGAGAGAUUGAAAGACGAGUACAAUAAGGACCAGGCAAAUUUGUGCAUAAAUUUGGCUCUCUCUUGCUUACAGAAGAUGCCAGAGUUGCGUCCGGAAAUUGGGGAGAUUGUUAAGAUCUUGAGAGGGGAUAUGGAUCUCCCACCACUUCCGUUCGAGUUCUCUCCCUCCCCGCCUUCAAAGUUAUACAGCAGGUCAAGGAGAAAACGUACCGCCUCUGCAGAUUAGGCACUGCAACACAUUCUUCAUUUUACUUCUCCUUGAUCAUUCCUCGCCGGGGUUAUGGUGAUUGUAAUAUAUAAGAGAUGAUCCGAAAUCGUUGGUGAAGUCUGAAAGAUGUGUAGCAUGAGGAUCAUAUUGUUGUAUGUACACUAGGUAGAUGCUUCUGUUUUCUUUUUUCCAUUAAAUGGGUUCAUGUUCAAGUACACCUGACUUCCCUUUCUUGUUUCAUGUAAACCAGAAUUUUCAACCAUAAUAAACCAAAAGACUCCUUGAAUUUACGGA